CUCGCACACGAACGCUGCCCGGGAUUGCUGUCCGCCCGCUCGCGCCGCGGUGUUCCGCUCCUCCUCCUCGCGGCCCCACAUUGUUCUCUCAGGACGCCGGGGUCCCCGGGCCGGCUUCUCCGCGGCCCCACUGCGGGGCUGGAUUAGCUCGUCCCCGCAGGGAGGUGCGGGAGCGCGCGGCAGCCCCGCAGUAUGAGGUGGUGCCGGCGGCUCGGGGCCGUGGCGCGGCCGCUGCGGCGCCGGCUGCUGGGCGGGCGCUGAGGGAGCCCCGGGGGCGGCGCGGCCGGGCCUCCAGGCUUUUCUUCUGCAGCCGGGAGGACGCGGCUGGGGCACGAAGACCUUGUGUGGACAGUAAUGACCUCACGUUUCCGAUUGCCAGCUGGCAGAACCUACAAUGUACGAGCAUCAGAGUUGGCCCGAGAUAGACUGCAUACAGAGGUGGUUUGCAACAUCCUUCUUCUGGAUAACACUGUACAGGCUUUCAAAGUUAAUAAACAUGAUCAGGGGCAGGUUCUGUUGGAGAUGGUCUUCAGGCACCUUGAUUUGACUGAGCGUGACUAUUUUGGUUUACAGCUGGCUGACGAUUGCACAGAUAACCCAAGGUGGCUGGAUCCAAACAAACCAAUAAGGAAGCAGCUAAAGAAACUGCUUUUAUUAAUUCUAGGAGGAUCUCCUUACAGUUUGAACUUUAGAGUCAAAUUUUUUGUAAGUGACCCCAACAAGUUACAAGAAGAAUAUACAAGGUACCAGUAUUUCUUGCAAAUCAAACAAGACAUACUUACUGGAAGAUUGCCCUGUCCUUAUAACACUGCUGCUCUUUUGGCUUCAUUUGCUGUUCAGUCUGAACUUGGAGACUACAAUCAAUCAGAAAACUUGCCAGGCUACCUCUCAGAUUAUUCUUUCAUUCCUAAUCAACCUCAAGAUUUUGAAAAAGAAAUUGCAAAACUACAUCAGCAACAUACAGGCUUAUCUCCUGCAGAAGCAGAAUUUAAUUACCUGAACACAGCACGUACCUUAGAACUCUAUGGAGUUGAAUUCCACUAUGCAAGGGAUCAAAGUAACAAUGAAAUUAUGAUUGGAGUGAUGUCAGGAGGAAUUCUGAUUUAUAAGAACAAAGUACGAAUGAAUACCUUUCCAUGGUUGAAGAUUGUAAAACUUUCUUUUAAGUGCAAACAGUUUUUUAUUCAACUGAGAAAAGAAUUGCAUGAAUCUAGAGAAACAUUAUUGGGAUUUAACAUGGUGAAUUACAGAGCAUGUAAAAACUUGUGGAAAGCAUGUGUAGAACAUCACACAUUCUUCCGUCUGGACAGACCACUUCCACCUCAAAAGAAUUUUUUUGCACAUUAUUUUACAUUAGGUUCAAAAUUCCGGUAUUGUGGGAGAACUGAAGUCCAGUCAGUUCAAUAUGGCAAAGAAAAGGCAAAUAAAGACAGGGUGUUUGCAAGAUCCCCAAGUAAGCCCUUGGCACGGAAAUUAAUGGAUUGGGAAGUAGUAAGCAGGAAUUCACUAUCUGAUGACAGGUUGGAAACACAAAGCCUUCCAUCGCGAUCCCCACCUGGCACUCCAAAUCAUCGAAAUUCUGCAUUCACCCAAGAGGGAACCAGGUUACGGCCGUCUUCAGUGGGCCAUUUGGUCGGCCACGUGGUUCACACCUGCCCCGGCGAGGCGUUCGUGAGGCAUCGGUCUCCAUCUUCCACGCAAGCUAACAGCAUUGUUUUGGAAUCAUCUCCAUCACAAGAGACCCCUGGAGAUGGGCAGCCUCCAGCUUUACCACCCAAACAAUCAAAGAAAAACAGUUGGAACCAAAUUCAUUUUUCACAUUCUCAACAAGAUCUGGAAAACCAUAUUAAUGAAACAUUUGAUGUUCCAUCUUCCCCUGAAAAAGCUACUCCUAAUGGUGGUAUUCCACAUGAUAAUCUUGUCCUAAUCAGAAUGAAACCUGAUGAAAAUGGAAGGUUUGGAUUCAAUGUAAAGGGAGGAUGUGACCAGAAGAUGCCUGUGAUCGUGUCCCGAGUUGCGCCAGGAACACCUGCCGACCUGUGUGUCCCCCGACUGAACGAAGGGGACCAAGUGGUGCUGAUCAACGGUCGGGACGUUGCGGGGCACACCCACGACCAGGUGGUCCUGCUCAUCAGAGCGAGCUGCGAGACGCAUCCUGGGGAGCUCGUCCUUCUAGUUCGACCCAAUGCUGUGUAUGAUGUAGUGGAAGAAAAGCUAGAGAAUGAGCCGGACUUCCAGUACAUUCCUGAGAAAGCCCCGCUAGAUAGCAUCCAUCAGGAUGGCCAUUCCCUGCGAGAGUCGAUGGUCCAGCUGGCUGCGGGGCUCAUCACUGGGACAGUGCUGACACAGUUUGAUCAACUAUAUCGGAAAAAACCUGGAAUGACAAUGUCUUGUGCCAAAUUACCUCAGAACAUUUCCAAAAAUAGAUACAGAGAUAUUUCGCCUUAUGAUGCUACACGGGUCAUUUUAAAGGGUAAAGAAGACUAUAUCAAUGCAAAUUAUAUAAAUAUGGAAAUUCCUUCCUCUAGAAUAAUAAAUCAGUACAUCGCUUGCCAAGGGCCGUUGCCACACACCUGUACAGACUUCUGGCAGAUGGCAUGGGAACAAGGCUGCUCCACGGUUGUGAUGCUGACCACACAGGCCGAGCAUGGCAGAGUUAAGUGUCACCAGUAUUGGCCGGAACCCACAGGAAGUUCAUCCUAUGGGUGCUACCAAGUCACCUGCCACUCAGAAGAAGGAAACACUGCAUAUGUCUUCAGGAAGAUGACACUGUUUAACCAGGAGAAAAAUGAGAGUCGUCAGCUCACUCAGAUCCAGUAUAUAGCCUGGCCUGACCAUGGGGUCCCUGACGAUUCAAGCGACUUUCUGGAUUUUGUUUGCCAUGUACGAAAUAAGAGGGCCGGCAAGGAAGAACCUAUUGUUGUUCAUUGCAGUGCUGGGAUUGGAAGAACUGGGGUUCUUAUUACCAUGGAAACAGCCAUGUGUCUCAUUGAAUGCAAUCAGCCAGUUUAUCCACUAGAUAUUGUGAGAACAAUGAGAGACCAACGAGCCAUGAUGAUCCAAACUCCUGAGCUAAUAACCUUAGCACAAGGACCAGCAAAUACUGCCAAUGAGCCAAACUCGCCACUUGUGUUUAUAAAUAAAGUUUUAUUGGAAACAGCCAGUCAUUUGUUUACAUGUUGUCUAUGGCUGCUUUCACAUUACAGUAGCAGAGUUGAGAAGUUGCAGCAGGCACCAUGUGAUUGCAAACACGAAAGUAUUUGCUAUCUGGUCUUUUACAGAAAACGUUUGCUAACACCAGCCUAUCAUGCUAGUUCUGAACUGCCUAAACAGGCGCAGAGGAGGAACGUGCCCUGGGUUACUUAGUCAAAUGGAGUGCUGAGAACGAUAGUGUCCCUAGACUGGAGAAUCUUGAUAGACCUGUUUUCAGUGAAACAGCUGUGGGGAAAUUGCCUUUCUUUUUUACAUAGGAGCUUAAAUUGCAACAACAAAAAUCAUCAACAUUAAGCUACUAACUUACUAUAUUCUAUACCGACUCUGAAUUAUGUUCCAAGAAUCAAAAGAGGAAUCAUGGAAUUUUAGAGUUAACGCUAAGAUUAUUUUUUAUAUUAAGCCAUUGUGAAAUGUUAGCACUGUUGGUGGCAUUAAGGUUACUGAAGUGAACUGACCUAUGUGGUAAGUGCCUGUCAUUUUUUUAGCUUUUAAUUAUGGAAAAUUUCAAACAUACACAAAAGCAGACAAUAUAAUGUAAUCAACACUGUGUUGCAUACUCAGCCCCAACACUGGCUGUGGUGUUUCCUUCAUACUGCCACCUGUUGUCUGCACAUUUGAAGCAAACCCUACACAUCAUAUUGUUUUGUCCUUACAUAUUUUAGUGUGUCUCUCUAAAAGAUAAGGAGUGUUUUUUUCUUCUAAACAAAACCACAACACCGUUAUCACACCAAAGUAUAAUUAACAGUAAUUCCCUAAUAUUAGCAAUAGCCAGUAUUCAGAUUUCCGGUUGUCUCAUAUAAAUCAUGUCUUUUUAAACUUUAGAACAGCUUUAUAUA